AUGAGGAUGAUGAUUGAGAGAACGAGAGACAGUGGCGCAGCGAUCGACGAGUAUCUGGGGUACUUCCAGCAGUAUUCCGAGUAUGACCCGUUCUUGACGCCCGUGGAGCCGCCGAAUCCCUGGAUCACCGACUCGACGGAAUACUGGGACCAGGAGAAAUUGACGGAGAACCUGUCGGCGAAGCGCGUGCGGCGCUGGGCUUUCAGCAUUUACGAGCUUCUCAAAGACCCCGCCGGGAAGGAGCACUUCAUCAAGUUCCUGGGCAAAGAGUUCAGCGACGAGAAUCUCCGGUUCUGGGACGAAGUGCAAACGCUUAAGACACUGCCUGCGAAAGACGUCGCUUCCCGCUGCGAAAGGAUCUGGAAUGAAUAUUUGACGGACGACGCCACGUCCACCAUCAAUAUCGACGCCAGAUCCCUGAAGGCGACCAAAGAGAAACUGCUCAAACCAGACCGAUGGAGCUUUGAUGACGCUGCGGGCCACGUUUUCCACUUGAUGAGGAGUGAUACCUACUCGAGAUACCUUCGUUCGGAUAUGUACAAGGAGUUUCUGGCUGGUUGCAAGAAAAAGACGACGAAGACGCUCUUCAUCCCGGUCUUCUCGAACCUGAACCUGGGCAGUAGCAGCAGCAACACGGGGUCGGGACAGCAGCAACAAGCGUCCUCGUCGAACCGGUGACGGCCUUCAGCAACGGGGCAUCACAUGGACGACGUCAGACCCGUCGGCCUCCGACGACGUAACGGUGGUCCUUCCGCGGCAGAAACCUCCGACGACGUUCCACGCACCAUCCGCCCAAGCCAUCAUGGUCGAUUUGUCGUCGUCGUCGUCGUCAUUGUCGCCGCGGUUCCUUCGCAUUUCGGCUGCUCCCGUGGAUUCCGCGCGGGUCAGAAUAACCGACUGUUCCUGUCCUGAUCACUGCAUGCGCGUCCUCGAGCAUCCGAUCCGCCGUCGCGGCUUACAUAGGGCUGAAAGCGUCAUUGUCUCAGCCCUUUUUAUUUUUCCCGCAUUACGUGUGAUGCACCGGGAAUUGGGUUUCCCUCUGCAUGUUUGAGCGCGAAUUCGAGCCAUCGACGCGGCAGGUGUCUCCGAGAAACCUCCCGCGAUCAUCAGCAGACAUUCGACACGAAGCGAACGAGUCCUGUAGUGCCACAUUAUCGCAACCCUGCUGGUGAUGAUGGUCCUUCGACCUUGUUCAAUACGAGCUGCACAAGUGAUUCAGCUGCACAAGUGAUUCAACUGGGAAUAUGAAGCAUUGGUCUACUUUGAAAAAAAAAUCCACGCGCAUGUUAUAUGGAAACCUUCAAGCUUGCACUGCAGUAGUCAUAAUCUUCUCAAAAUUUUGAAUUCUGUUAUUUAAGUUUUCCAAGUGAUUCGAAGCUGCACGAGUAAUGAGAAUAAAUCGGCGUGCCGAAUCAAACAAGAAGAUCUAUCCUCAAUACAUACGGAGUUCUCAAAAUAUUUUCGCUCCAAACUUAUUUGUGCAGCACCGGAUCCAGGAAAAUUGAAUUGAAUUGAAAUAUAUGCGUUGGGAAAUAAUUGAUUUUUCUGGGGCACUCACCGAAGACGGAAUAUCUGUGUACGCCUAAAGCUGCUUUCUGAUAUUGCCUAUUAACCGUCUUAUUACCUAACCCCUCUAUACUGUAAUUCCGAACCUCUCACACUUGAAAAUCCUAAUACAGUAUUACAACUGGGACGCCAAAUUUUAAAUUGAUUUUAGAAAUGGUUCCGCGAUUCAGAAAGGUUGAAACUGCUGCGUCGAAGGAUGGGGUCUCUUCAUCACCAGGCAUUUAUCAACUCCGUUCCUCCGAGGUGCUGAUGGCCGCUGUUGAUCUGUCUUGAACCCAGGCACUGUUUUCCGCGCAAUUACGUAUCAUGAAACUUCUGCGCUUGAAACGGUAUCGUCUAUGGAUGGCACUGGCCUUCCUUUGUUUAUUUCUAUAGUCGAAGGCAUUUGCGCUGUUCAGGGCACGCAGUUAGAAUCGCCGAUAUUUCUUUCCCCACUGUGAUGAGUGCAGUAGUCUUCGAAGACUGCGACCAAGCAAUAUUCCCCUCGCACUCGCAUUCACGGGAUAUUCGCGAAGUAUGCGCAAAACUGUGUGUGUGUACGGUUUUUUUUUUGUUUGCACGAUCUCGAGAUCCGUGGAAGAGUCGCAGACAAUUCCGAAGCAGAUGCAUUCCAAGCGUCCGCGAGCACAAGGUGUUCCGGUUGGGACAUUCGUUGUUAUUACUCGGUGACCACGCGCGGGGGAUUCGUCGCACACUUUAUUUUUCAUGUUUUUACCGGAUCCUUUCGGAAAAUUUGAGCGCGGAGAAUCAUCUGUCGAGUGUCGCGAUGAGUUGACGACGGCCAGCUGAAGACAGUCUUCCCGAUCCCAGCGCGUGAACCAAAUGCGAAGGCUGACGAGGUUCUGCUAGAUAUAUAUUACCCCGAUAUAAUGCCGCUCGAUCCUUCCUGUGUGAGCUGGUUGCCAUGCACGCAGGAAAUUUUGGCGGGGCCCAAAACAGCGCUUGUCUGAAAUAUCAUCACAAGGCUGCGCAAAUGAAGAACCACGACGAUACCCAGCUGAGAAACUCGCAGUCGCACCAAUGCUGUUUCGGGCACGCGCCAUCUUACUGGACGGCAUACGACAUGUCCGUGGUCACGCCUUGGAGGAUGGAUAAACCCACCCCCGUUUCUAAAAGAAUAUAUUUUUUUAACAAAAAAUUCCCCGCAAGAAUGAUGGUGAGAGUGAAUUUUCUGGGUGGAUUAGGAUGCUCUACUAUCAAAAUCCAUGAGGACCCUAUUUCCCCACGUUUUAGAGCCGAGCGAAAUUGAAGUGCGAUCGGAAGCUUCUUCCGGUUUCAACCGACCUGAAGUUGCCUUAAUCGAUUCCCCCGGACGAUCUGAUGUGUUAUCUCCCCAACCACAGGGUGUUCAGCCGAGUCGAGGGUAAUUCUGUUAUUUCUGGAAGAAGCUGAAUCUUAUGCUGGUCUCGAGCGCGACUUGCGUCACAUUCUUCCGACCCCCGCGCAUCCUUCCGAAAGAACACGGUUGACAGAGAUCUGUAUUAGAAAAUGUUCCUACUUGCGAGGAAGACAAGAAUGAGUUAUUUUUACAGCCCGAGAUUGCUUACCCCAGUCGAAAAAAAAGACAUUUGUUCACCCUAUUUGCUUGCGGUUCGGCGAAGGGCGCCUGCUGCUGGUUGCCCCAGUCAUAGGAGUAUUUGAGCUUUGGAAAUCGAGAAGUUUUGCCCGUGCCAUUGUCCAAAUGAUUCCUUGUUUUUUGAAAUGAGGAUGAGGGGUUGAAGAAUGAUUGAUGGAUGGUAAAUGCAAGGCAUAGGUUACGACCGCUUUUCAAA